UUUUCUGCUAGCAGCUAGCGUGCACCGCAAAGAGGGGGGGUCUCCAUCAGCAGGAGGCGGAGAAGACCGCAGGAAGCAGCGAGGCAGGCAAACCGAGGGACCGAACCUUCCCUGGAGAACAGUAGACCGUCAUCAGAACGCCCUCACAAUGUCCGACUUUGACAGCAACCCGUUCGCAGACCCGGACUUCAGCAACCCCUUCCAGGAUCCUUCUGUGACCCAGGUGACCCGGUCUGCCCCUCCUGGUGGCUUGGAGGAGUAUAAUCCCUUCACAGAUGGCAGAACGGCAGCCCCUGGAAAUGCCCCCAAAUCUACUCCGGCCCCUUCCCAGAACACACAGCCUGCAAUCAUGAAGCCCACAGAAGAGCCGCCGGCCUACACGCAGCAACAGACACAGGACCAAGCACGUGCUCAGGCUGAGUUGUUAAGAAGGCAGGAAGAGCUAGAGAAGAAAGCAGCGGAGCUUGAUCGCCGGGAGAGAGAGCUACAGUCCCACGGAGCUGCAGGGCGUAAGAACAACUGGCCCCCACUGCCAGAAAAGUUCCCCGUUGGUCCUUGCUUCUACCAUGAUAUAGCAGUGGACAUUCCUAUAGAAUUCCAAAAGACUGUCAAGAUCAUGUACAACCUUUGGAUGUUUCAUGCAGGAACGCUCUUUGUGAACAUGUUUGGCUGUCUGGCCUGGUUCUGUGUGGAUGCAUCUCGUGGUAUAGAUUUUGGUCUGGCAAUGCUCUGGUUCUUGCUGUUUACCCCCUGUUCAUUUGUCUGCUGGUACAGACCGCUGUAUGGGGCUUUUAGGAGCGACAGUUCAUUCCGCUUCUUUGUGUUCUUCUUCGUCUAUAUUUGUCAGUUUGGGGUUCAUGUGCUACAAACUAUUGGAAUCGCUGGUUGGGGAACUUGUGGUUGGAUCGCAGCGUUGACUGGCCUCAACACAAGUAUCCCAGUGGGCAUCAUCAUGUUGGUGAUUGCAGCCCUGUUCACAGCGCUCUCUGUGGGCUCGCUUAUUAUGUUUAAAAAGGUGCACGCGCUCUAUCGUACAACUGGGGCUAGUUUUGAGAAGGCUCAGCAGGAGUUCGCAACGGGAGUCAUGUCUAACAAGACGGUUCAGACUGCAGCCGCCAACGCUGCAGCCAAUGCUGCAUCCAAUGCUGCUCGUGGGGCCUUUAAACCUCAUCCCUAGACCCACAUGUACAUGCACAAGCGCGCACGCGCGCGCGCACACACACACACACACACACACACACACACACACACACAUACUAAGAAGAUGAAGAUGGGCAUCUCUAACCCAGCUGGUUGUCAGAUAAAAUUGAUUUAAUUUAUGAAUGUUGAAAUGCUAAUAUUUACCUAAAAAUUGUAAAGUAAACAAGUAAAACAACUGCGCUGAGCUGUCCAUCUUCACUUGAAAAAGCUCUCCUACAUCCACCCUUUCUGCUUUUUAGUCAGGCUGCUCACAUCUCUUGAAAUGUCCACUGAGUGACUCAAGGUGAGGUCCCGACUCAUCCUUGGCGUUCCCUGUUCUUCUUUCCCUUUGACGUCCUCCUAGGCCAGGCAGAGGUCGCAGCAUACCUUAUUUUUGUAACAGCGCUCACCACCGUGCAGCUUCCUGCCUGGUCACUAACCUAUGGAGAUAAUCUGAUCAUGGUGUUUUGCACAUACAGUAUUUCUGGUUUUCUAGUCACAUACAGGAAGUGCAGUGUAUGUGUGAAUGGCCGGACCCGUGUGUGAAUGUAGAGUAUUCACUUCAUGAAAAUUAUGGCUAUGACUUGUUUGUUUGUUUAUUUUAGGAAUCCAGUGCUUGGUCACUGAUAUCUGAAAGGUCAAUAUCACCUUGACUUAUAUCAUUGCUUCUAUUCUGAGACAAAAAAGUGUCUUUAUCGUAAAGCUUAUGUCAUAUGAACAGUAAAAUGUUCAGAUUUAAGAAUCUGCCACUUCACCAAGUAGCAAACCCUCUGUGUGCUCCUUUUAUUGGCAAAGUAGGUCUGAUUGGCAUUCGUGUGGCCUACUAAGAUUCGACAGCAUGAUAGCAGCACGCAUGUUUAGUACAGUACUUGAGGCACAGUAGAAGUCAGUGUGUCCCCUAUUAGCCCUUUCUGUGGCUACAGGCAUCACUUCAGUUCUGUUUCACUUUCUGUAAACGUUGCUGCAUGUGCUGGUGGCUAUUUAAAUAACUGAUGAUGAUUGGGUCUAUUUUUGAAGAUGGACUGAACAGUCCUCCACCUCUCGCCACAAAUCUAAAACAAGGUUUGAUCAGAUGCCUUCUUUGCCUCCGUACAGGAGUGAACUUUUCUGCUCACAGUAUCUCGUUUUUCUUUCUAAGUGUUUGACAUUAACAGACUACUACGUGUUUUGUAGCCCUCGACUCUUAGGUAAAAACUAACGCUGCUAUGAACCCGGCUGUGUCGUGUUUCCUUUUGAAAAGAACAAAUGAUUUACUCCAGAAGAACUGAGAGAUGUGACUGGAAUUUUCACACAGAACAACAUGACAUGAUUUUCCUUCAGAUGAACCUGCAUUACAUUCCUAGUAAUUUAAAACAACCUGGGAUAUCACCAUGAAUGAACAUUACUAAACAUUAGCAUUGGGCUUGAUACGCAUUGAGUGAUACCAUUAAUUUAUAUAUGAUGACAAGUGUUAUUUAACACGAGGUUGUACAGACUGCUGUCACUGUAGUGAAGUAUGGAUUUGAGAUAUAUUUGUGUUGUGCUUUAGCACCAAACAUAGAGAUGGUGAAUGUCUGAAGAUGCAUGAGAGAUGACUGAUACUGCUGUUUUUACACAUUAAUGGACUGAACAUUAUCAUUAUACGCUAAAUACUGGAGCACCAGUUUGUCUUGAAACAAUUAAGCAACAACCUGGUUCUGUGUGGACGUUGUUUUAAAUUGGUUGCACAUUUCAUGUUUUCUGUUGAACUUAGUGCAGAAAAUGAACAUGUUUUUAUUUAUGGUGUAAUUUAAGUUUGCUUUGAUUUGACGUUACAUGUUAUGUUCGUGUGGUUUCUGUAAUGACAUGAUCAUAGCAGAGGCGAGUUGACUGUACAGGAGGAGUAUUUGUGUGGAUGAGCGAGUGUGUACGAUUGGUGUGAAAGGAACGAAAGCGUCUCCCUCAAGUGUUAUUCUAUAUCCUGAAAAGCUGUGAGAAAUUUACCAAAUGUCCAUAGAGAUUUGUUUUCAAAUCUUUCUUUGUGAUGUGUUCCUUUGCCAUCAUUUACUUUACAAUAUAACACAACUUUUCUUUACUGCGCACCCACAGUUCUCAUGUAGUCGUACGCUCUCUGAGGAAGCCAUGCCACAGUUUUUGGAUGUGUUUAACCAGGCGGUCAGUACAGAACAUUCAACAGUUUUGACCCGUGACCAUGUUAUUUCACUCAAUCGGAGAAGAAACUCAUUCAAAAGGGACACUUGUAUAUUUUGUAAAGUAUAAAACCUGAUCCCCGUUAUCAAUCACGUGUAAAAAGAAAUGUAAUGCACUCUUGUCUGGCCUUUGUCGCAUGUGAAAUAGUUUGAGUUUUGUAUAUUUAUGGUAUUAACAUGAAAUAAAAUUUGAAAGAAA